CUCUUUCCAACAUUUCAAUUUAAUGCAAUCCUCAUCCCAUCUCCUAUUAAAACCCCUCCGAUUCAGAAGCAUCAAAAGGAAAACCUAAUUCUAAAUCUCUCGGGACUCAUUUUCUUGUUCCGGGUGUUAAGUGUUCAGUCUAGCCGAAAUGGCAGGGGACGCAGUGAAGCUGCUGGGCGCAUGGCCAAGCCCGGUCGUGAUGAGGGCUCGAAUCGCGCUCAACCUCAAGUCUGUGGGGUAUGAGUUUGUCGAGGAGAAUCUGGGGAAUAAGAGCCAGCUCCUCCUCCAGUCUAAUCCCGUCCAUAAGAAGAUUCCGGUCCUGAUCCACGGGGACAAGCCUGUCUGUGAAUCUCUGAUCAUUGUUCAGUACAUCGACGAGGUCUGGUCCUCAGGCCCUGGAAUCCUGCCUUCCGAUCCGUAUGAUCUCGCCACCGCCCGCUUCUGGGCAGCCUACAUUGAUGACAAGUGGUUUCCUUCCUUGACCGGGAUAGCGAAGGCCCAGGACGACGGGGCGAAGAAGGCCGCUAUCGAGCAAGUCAGUGAAGGCUUGGCCCUGUUAGAGGACGCUUUCAGAAAGUGCAGCAAAGGGAAAACCUUCUUUGGAGGGGAUCGAGUUGGUUACCUCGACAUUGCAUUCGGCUGCUUCUUGGGCUGGCUUAGGGUCACGGAGAAGAUGAAUGGAGUCGAGCUCAUCAGCAGGUCCAAGACUCCACAGCUGGCCCAGUGGGCUGAGAGGUUCUGUGCUGACCCCGCUGUCAAGGACGUGAUGCCCGAGACAGACAAGCUCGCGGAGUUCGCCAAGGUGCUCUUUGCCAAAUUCAAGAAUCCUCCCUCCCAGUAGGGGAAUUAAAAUGGAAUUAAUAAUGUAAUCCCCAAGGAUCUGUUUAGGAAUGAGUACGUCUUAUUAAUCUCGAGUCAUUGAGAUUGUGAGCCACUCUUUACAUGACCGAAACCUGAUGACAUCCAUCAGUGCAUAAAACGAAAGGAUUCUUACGGGACCUAAUAAGAGAUAAACUGUGUGCGAUCAUUAUUCCCA